AUGCACGACGAAUCUUUUUCAAUUCAAGACUUAACGUCAAUGUUACCGACGUCAUUUGGAUCACAAAGAAAGAAAACCAACUCUUCGGAUGUUUUCUCGAAAACAAGAAGAAAAGAUGAGAGUGUUUCUGCAUUAACUCUUGAUCCUGCUGGCGCACGGCUUAUUACAGGAGGUUAUGAUUAUGAUGUAAAAUUUUGGGAUUUUGCAGGAAUGGAUUCUACAUUUCGUCCGUUUCGAACUAUUAAACCAUGUGGAGAUCACCAAAUUCAUCAUUUAGAAUACAGCUUGAGUGGUGAUCAAUUUUUAAUCAUAUCUGGUACCGCACAAGCAAAGCUUUAUGAUCGUGAUGGAUUUGAAAUUGAAGAGUAUAUUAAGGGUGAUCCCUACAUUAGAGACAUGCGGAACACCAGUGGCCACAUAGCUACCUUGACAUGUGGGGGUUGGCAUCCGAAUGAUAAACAGACUUUCUUUACUGGAUCUGCUGACAGUACGAUCAGAAUAUGGGAUGUAGAAAAUAAACGCAAGCAAAAAAAUGUACUUGUACAUAAGUCUAAAGAACGCGGAGGAAGAAGUGCUAUAACUACAGCAUGCUAUAGCCCAGAUUCAAAAUUUUUGGCUGGAGCUUCUCAGGACGGGUGCCUCUUUUUAUGGGGUGGCAACGGUCCCUAUAUUCGUCCUUCUCAUAUUAUUGAAAAAGCUCAUCAACCGCAUAGUGAAACUUCUUCAAUAGUAUUUUCUAGAAAUAAUUGGUCAAUAGUAACAAGAGGUGGUGAUGAUUGCGCCAAAGAAUUACCAACUUUUAAUGCUGAAACUAACGUAAUAUUCAGUCCUGAUGAGCGAUUGAUUAUUACUGGUACUGCCACUAAAAAAGGAGAAGGCUAUGGAAAAUUGGUGAUGAUGGACCGUAACUCAUUAGAGAUUGUUCGUACAAUGAGUAUUACGCAAUCUAGUGUUAUUCGAAUCAUUACCGGAAGUGCAGAUGGGUUGGUUCAUGUAUUCUACGAUCCAAUUAUAAGCGUUCGGGGCGCCAAAUUGUGUGUUGUCAAAGAGCCUAAGAAGCGGGCUAUUGACGACUAUGAGAUCAAUCGUCCCAUUAUUGCACCGCAUUCAUUAUCAAUGUUCCGAGAUGAUAGACCAAAGUCGACCAAACGAAAGAGAGAAAAAUUGCGCAAAGAUCCUGUUGCAUCACACAGACCAGACCUUCCUGUUAGUGGCCCUGGUAAGGGCGGUAAGAUUGGUAGUAGCUUAACACAGCAUAUAAUGAAAGAGUUGAUAAAGGACACGACUAGAGACGAAGAUCCUCGUGAGGCUUUAUUGAAAUUUGCAGAAGUAUCUCAAAAUGAUCCGCAAUGGAUUGGAAAUGCUUAUAAAAAAACACAACCAAAACCUAUAUUGGCCGAUUCUACUGGUGAGGAUGAAGAAGAAAUUCAAAAAUAA